UGCUUAUGCAUACCGACGAACAAGGGACUCAUUUCAUGAACAUAAAAAUGAAACUAGGCCAGAUAAGAUUAUAGAACUUGUUAAGAAGGCUGAACAUGAAUUAACAAUUUUGCAAAGACAAGGAUAUUUAAACAGUCUUUAUGCCGUUGACAAAUUGGUAGUAGAACAAAGCAAUUAG